CGCGCAUGUCGAGAAAAGAAACUUGCAAAAACAAAAAGAAGACAAAAAGUGCGGCUCACAAAAGGAACACCAGGAACAACCAAAUACACAAUCGGACGGCGGGCGGCGCUUGCAGCAAACUUCUCUGUACACUCCGGUAGUGGCGUGGCGCAAUAAUAUUCUCGUAAUUAAUAUAGAACGCAGUAAACAAACGCAAACUACUGCAACGGGAAACGGGCAGGGAAAACAGAAUUGCAUUUGAUUGAUUUUUGCACAUACGCAAAAGAAGAAUACAAUUUUUGGUUUUUUGUUUGUCCACGACUGUACACAAGUGUGUGUAUGUGUGAGAGUGCAACAUUGAUAAGACGCUGGAACGAAGGAGAGAAGUGCAUUAAGCUUUUGCAUUAACUCAACGCCAAACCACCAUUAAAAAUAACAAUCAUUGCACAGCCCACAAAGACAAAUGUUUGAACAAGACUGAAAAAACGAUAAUUGUUAACUGGGAAACAAAAGCCAGGCCACCGCUCAACAAGAACCAAACAAAAACCACGCACAGGGAGACCAAAAAACAAAAAACAAAAAAACAUUUGCUAAAAUGUCAUCGCGUUCCAAGGAGAGAGUUGUCACUGCAUUUCGCAAAAUCUUCCAUAAAUCCAGCAACAACAACAACAACAACAAUAAUAAUAAUAAUAACAACAAUAACAUGAACAACAAUGAUAAAGUUGAUGGAGCCGCCACCGGCAGCAAUAUUAACAACAAUAAUAAUAACAACAAUGAGGCAGCCACCUCAACAGCUGCGGGAGGCUCAGGAAUUGGACCAGCCGGAGGAGCAGGCGGAGCAGCUGCAGCUGGAACAACAAACUCCAACAAAAAUGCAGUAGUUCGAAUGGCAGGCGAGCAGGCUUUGUGCGAAUCGCCAGGCAAACGUCGACGACAGGAUCAUAAAGUGACGCCGACGGCCGGGCGUCAGCUGGUGGCCGCCGAUCAGAGCAUUCGAUCGCGGCGCCUCAUGAAGGAAUACCAUGAAAUGGAGCGGCUGCAACUGAAGCCCGAUGCUGUGUUCACGGUGGAACUAGUCAAUGAUAGCCUCUUUGAGUGGCAUGUGCGACUGCAUGUGAUUGAUCCGGACUCGCCGCUGGCCCGUGACAUGAUGGAGCUGAAUGUUUCCAACAUCCUGCUGCACUUGAGCUUUCCCGACAACUUCCCAUUCGCGCCGCCCUUUAUGCGUGUGGUGGAGCCGCGCAUCGAGAAGGGUUAUGUGAUGGAGGGCGGUGCCAUAUGCAUGGAGCUACUCACGCCACGUGGCUGGGCCAGUGCCUACACCGUGGAGGCCGUCAUCAUGCAGUUCUCUGCCAGCGUGGUCAAGGGUCAGGGUCGUAUUAUGCGUAGACCAAAAUGUACAAAGGAGUUUAGUCGCCGUCAGGCAGAGGAGUCGUUCCGCUCGCUGGUGAAGACACACGAGAAGUACGGCUGGGUCACGCCCAGCUUGUCCGAUGGUUAAGGACCACAUCGGAACAUCCGCUCAGAUGCCCUUGCGUUUGCCAACUCAACAUUUACAAAUUACAUUCAACAAACACACAAACAAAAAUCUCAUUGAAAACUUUCGCCAUUGAAGAACAUUCAAAAUCUGUCAAGUAAUUAAACGAACUCAAUUGUAAACCAUCCAUAAAGAAGAUAAAUGAGAUCUAGACAAACGCAUAAAGCAAACAAAACAUUAGCUUAAAAAUGUAAUUUUAGCUUGUAGAACAAAUUUCCAACAAAAAAGAAUACGAUUUUUCGGUACCAUUUUAGUGUUAAAUAUUAUGUUACAUUUCUUGAAUUUAAUGUACUAUGAUUUACACAUUCAAUUAGUCUGAAUAAUGGAGAUCGACUGUUAUAAUUUCAUGUGAUUUUUGUUAACUAAAACAAAUGCCAAUCCCAUAGUCCAUAGUAAAACAAACAUAAACAAAACAAAACAAAAGCAAAAAACCAAAACUAAAAGUGAAGCUUUUAAACACGAUUGUUUUCCUUUACGACAUUUUCUAUUUAAGUUUCCGCAUAAUAAAUUAAUAAAAGAUGUGUCUAU